UCCCACAAGGCAGCGCGAUAAAUCUGAAAUACCGUUGUCCUUCUGUGGUGGAGUGCGGCGUUGCCAAGGAGAGAGAGUCACAUCAAUAAGAAACAGGAGGAAGUGUAACGCACACACAAUAAUAUUAAGAGCUAUACAGGCACCGAUACGGGUGAAUAAAGCUGAAAGGAGAUUGACAAUGGAAAGAUAUUCUUUACUUGAUCUUCCUAGUCUCUGGAUACUAUAACUGGGAGAAAAAGUUUCUUCAGCUUGGAGAUAAUUCUUGUCAACAUUUUUCCGAUUGUAACAACAAUGCCACCACUUAUUUUAUGACACCUGUGAACGGUAGCUUUUUUUUUGGAAAAAAGGACAAAAAGACAUUUCACUUAUUUUUAUAUUGUGAUAACUUUUUUGUAUUGAAAAAUGAAUCGAUACACAACUCUGAAACAACUGGGAGAUGGAACAUAUGGUAGUGUUCUAAUGGGAAAAAGCAAUGAGUCUGGAGAGUUAGUUGCUAUCAAAAGAAUGAAAAGGAAGUUUUACUCUUGGGAAGAGUGCAUGAACCUGAGAGAAGUGAAGUCAUUGAAGAAGCUGAAUCAUGCCAACGUUAUAAAGUUAAAGGAAGUAAUCAGGGAAAAUGACCAUCUCUACUUUGUUUUUGAAUAUAUGAAAGAAAACCUCUAUCAGUUAAUGAAGGACAGAGAAAAUAAGCUGUUCAGUGAAAAUGAAAUAAGGAACAUACUGUUCCAGGUGCUCUCUGGCUUAGCUUUUGUACACAAGCAUGGAUUUUUUCAUCGUGAUAUGAAACCGGAGAACCUGCUCUGUAUGGGUCCUGAACUUAUAAAAAUUGGAGACUUUGGAUUAGCUAGGGAAAUUAGGUCACGCCCCCCAUACACAGACUACGUUUCCACCAGAUGGUAUCGUGCUCCAGAGGUGUUGCUGAGAUCUUCAGUUUACAGUUCUCCUGUUGACAUGUGGGCAGUGGGCUGCAUAAUGGCAGAGCUCUAUACUUUGCGGCCACUUUUCCCAGGAAAUAGUGAAGUCGAUGAAAUCUUUAAGAUUUGCCAAGUGUUGGGAACAGUGAAGAAGAAUGACUGGCCGGAAGGCUAUCAGCUUGCAGGGUCUAUGAAUUUCCGUUUCCCACAGUGUGUACCAACACACCUUAAAACACUAAUUCCAAAUGCCAGCAAUGAAGCCAUAGCCCUGAUGAGAGACAUGCUACAGUGGGAUCCAAAAAAGAGGCCUACAGCCAUCCAGGCACUGCGGUACCCUUACUUUCAAGUGGGACAAGUUUUGGGACCACCUCCACAGUAUGUAGAGCAGCAAAAUGCGCAGAACAAACCAGUGCAGCCAACAGAGCCCAAGCCAAUAUCCCUGUCUAAAACCGAGCCACACUCUCCACCGGAGCCUAUCAUCAAGGUCCAGCCCAAAGUGAACCACCAACCACUGCAGCAGAUUCAACUGCCACAACAGAUAUCCAACCAGCCUGGCCUGCCAAAAAUGACUCACAAACAGCACCAGCCAUACCUACCAACCACAAAUAACAACCCUCCAUUUAAACCAGCUGCAGCGGGCAAUGAAAAUAAUAUUGUUGGUAGUAAAAGUGGCCGAAGGCGCUGGGGGCAGACUAUACUGAAAACCUCGGUCAGCUGGGACGAAUUUGAUGAUUCAGACAUUGGUGUCUCCUAUUCAAAAAAGCCUAGUAUAGGAUCAAUGAAGGAAAAAAUAAAUGAGGAGUCUCUCUUUCGGUCUGCAGAACAGAACCCCUCCAAUGCAUAUGGUACUGGAAACAGAGUUACAUCCAAUACCACAGUAAACAGGAUAGAGUCAGGAGUUUCAAACUCAUCUUCAGCAAGACAACACUAUUUACGACAAUCAAGGUACCUUCCUGGUAUAAAUCCCAAGAACUCUUCAGUAGUAGUAGGAAAUAAAGAAUCAUCACAGGAUCUAUGGGGCAAUUCUUCAACGUUAAUUAGUAAACCACUGGGGCCUAUUGGAGGAGGAAUGUCAAUUAACAGAGCCAAUGCAGAGGAUGAAAAAUCAGCAUCAAAGGAGAAAUUGAAAGAGAAUGUUACCUCCCCUGAUAGCCAAGAAGAUAAUAUAACUAAAUCCACUGAAAAGACACCCUUAAAAGAAAAGCCAUAUGAACAAUUAGAGGAGCUGAAAGCACAUUUUGGAGGGACUAACUAUAAUUCUGGAGUAUACAUCCCAUCAUUUCAGAAAAAGGAGGUUGGUUCAGCUGGACAGAGGAUUCAGCUGGCAACCUUAGGAGCUCCAUCUGCAAACCUUUCUUCCACCUCUGACAUUCGGAAUGACAAAACAAAACCAUCCAUGCUAAAGUCAGUUGCCAAUAAAGCCAAUAGUGCAGAUCAUGACGGGUGGAAGACCAAAGCAGCACGUUCGCAAUUGUCAGGCACAAGUUUCAACACAGCUGGAAAAAAUUCUGGUAAUCUCUUAUCCCGAGCUCCACCAAUCCAGCCCGUGCACGGAAGAAUAGACUGGGCAGCCAAAUAUAGUACCCAUCGGUAGCAUAACUCAUUUACUUUAGUUUUCCACUUCUAAAAUGUUGUGGUCUGACAAAGUGCAGACCAGUCACCCAGAAGCAAGAUGCAAUACCUUCUAAUGUGCAUGUGAAUCAUGCAGAGGCUCCCAACUCUUACUACUUGAAAGCGAGAUUAUUUUUUUUCUACGAAUAAUAAACAAUAUUACAUUUUUUAAUUCUUACUUUUAAUAAACCUAUGUUGAUAGUUUUUGAUUAAGAUUGCUGUAAAUAUGGUGGAAUAAAAAACAAAACAUUUAGUAUCUUGUUGAAGACAAGUACAUCUGUGCAUGCUAAAAGUGAAGAGCUUGGCCUUUCUGGGUAAUCAUUUUAAACAUUAUUAAAAAAUAAAACCGGGCCCUCAGAAGUGUUAAAAAACAAAAAUACAAACAAAAACAAAAAAAAACACAA